GUACUUAGUGCAGUACAAAAAUACACGCGCUACCAUUUUGUCCUUUUACAUUACGGUGCACUUAUUUACGCGUUUUCCUACAACUUGAUAAACGUUAAUUGUGUUUAUCGUAGCGAUGUAAUUCGAGUGAAGGUGGGCUAUUAAUAAACCCCCAAAAUAGAUGCGUAAUUAAAAAAGUACCCCUGAAGCCUUGUACCGUCUAGGCGCCGUCUGCCCGCCGCCGGCUCACGUGGAUGCGGGCGCAUGCGCAACAACCAGCCUCCAACUUAGCCGCCCGGCAGUAUCGAGCGAGCCUCCGCGCAGAGAGGUCAUGUCGCAAUGUCGGACGGCCGCGACUCCCCGUCGCAAAGCGGUCUACGGGACCGCGUCAAUUUCUUUGAAAAAGUAUGGGCCGGACAAUCGAGCAAUGAUACAGUCGAUGCAACUACCGAUGUAGAUGAAAUAGAGCGUAGGAUAGAGCAGCGCAAGCGGCGCCCGGAAUCUCCAAAGAUCGAAGUAAAGUUGAAGCACACGAGAGAUGGCGAGUCGCCGACGAAGAGUUAUGAGAGUACUUUCCCGAACCUGAAGCUGAGGCAUGUCGAGCCCGUGGAGGAGGUGGAGCGCCUCGAGCGGCAGAUCGAAGAGGGCGAUCUGGCUGCUGGGGUGCGCUUCGUCAAGUUCGAACGGGUGACUGUGAAGCGGACGGUGACGGAGACCAGGAGCGAGGAGCGGCCCGACUCGCCGCAGCACGAGUGGUACUCCGAAUACAAGCAGCAAACUCUUCACACGGCACCGAGGAAGGACUAUCUGAGGAGCAAAUCGGAAUAUGACUCUCACAUCGCCGAGAUUCGCGGUAUGUGAGCGUUGGUUUUACUUAGCCACGUGAGUUAUUGUAAGAGGUUUUGACGUACGUGACGUAUCUGUUGUGUUUUGCGUAUUUCUGUCGCCAUGCUGUGGCGUUCUGAUCUCAAAUACUACAUAUACACAAUAAAUGUACAUAGUAAUUAAUGAACAUAUGUACACAUAUAUACCUCCUUAAUGGUCCAUGUUGGCAAAGACUUACGUUUUAAGUUCAGACUUUACGGUGAUAUUGAAAAAUCGCUUUAUUAUUUGGCGUUUACCAAUAAGAAAGCAACUCAUCGAAAUAGUAUUGAAAAUUAAGUAAUAAAAAUAAUUCAAGU